GGAGGGCGAGAUCUGGUGUGGCUAAAGGCGAGGGAGGGUUUACUUUACUACACCGUGUGUGUGUGUGUCUUUCUGAUUUUCAGUUUCAGUGUGAUCUCUCGAGAGAUGGGUGGAGGACAUGGACAUGGCGAAGGCACAACCUACAGAGGCGUAACCAUUCAUCACCCAAAGCGCUGGCACACUGUCACCGGCAAGGGCCUGUGCGCUGUCAUGUGGUUUUGGAUAAUGUACAGAGCAAAGAAAGAUGGUCCUGUAGUAUUGGGAUGGAGGCACCCAUGGGAGGGUCAUGAUGGUGAUCAUGGUCAUGGCAAGGCCGUUGAUUAGGCAUCAGCUCCAAGAACAGGAACAACAAAACUUGAAGAGUCUGGUCUGAAGCUGUCGUUGUGCUGUUAAUUGAAAUGUUUACCUUGUUUCAUUCAAUAAAUUGGCUGUAAAAGAAGAGAUUUCCUUUUUCAUGAUUUCAUGAACAUUGGCUAUGUUUUAGCACCUUAUACGUAACUUGGAAGAUAGUUAUGGUUAUGGUUGUUUGGAUAAA